CUUCCGGUGACGUAACAGUUCACGCCGUAGGUACGUACGUUGUUUGUACGCCGUCCUGAAGUUAGCUUACAGCGAGCAGUUAGAGAUCAAACUGUGUAUUAGGGAGGUCCACACAGUCUUAUACGUCUCUGUUUAAGACUGUGUGAUUAAAAUACUCAGACUGAGUGUCUCCGGUACGAAGUCCAGCUUCCGUUUCGACCCGUUCAUCGUAGUUAGCCGUUAGCCGUUAGCCUUAACAAAUGGAGGGCAGCGCCAGCGUGAGGAAGUCGCUGUCCGGGACUCUGGUCCCUUUGACGGUCACAACUGUGGCUCUCCUGCAACAACCCGAGGAGAAAGACGAGGAGAAGUUGAACAGGAAGGUCCUCGAUGAAGAGCAGUACAUAGAGAGUCUAGAGAAGAUCAUCCAGAGGGAUUUCUUCCCAGAUGUGACUAAAUUACAAGCGCAGAAGGACUACCUCGACGCUGAGGAAAGCGGCGACCUGGAGAGGAUGAGAGAGAUAUCCAUCCGAUACGGAUCAUCUUUGACUAAAUCUACGCCACGGUCCUCCGCACCCUAUGUGACGCCAGCUAGCUUUGAGACGCCAGUGGGUCGCGCAGGCUCUCCCUCCUCCAUUCAUGGCAGUAAAGGUUUAGAUGGGGAGAGCAAGGAUGAUGACAAGAGGGAGAAAGAGCUGCCCUGUCUGGAUCGUUUCCUUGCUAAAAAUACCAGUGAGGAUAAUGCAUCAUUUGAGCACAUAAUGGAUUUGGCAAAAGACAAAGAGAAGCUGAGGCAUUCCUGGUUAUAUGAGGCCGAGGCUGAAUACAAGGAGCGCCAUGAGCAGAACCUUGCCUUACCAUCAGUAGAGAAAGGAGCUCUUGAAUGUGUCAAAGCUGGACUUGAGACAUGGGAGUACAAAGCGAAGAAUGCCUUGAUGUAUUAUCCAGAGGGCGUCAAAGACGAUGAUGCUUUAUUUAAGAAGCCACGAGAGGUCAUUCACAAGAACACACGCUUUAACGCAGACCCGUUCAGCAAAGCUCUCAAUAAGAGCCAGAUUCAGCAGGCCGCAGCCCUCAACGCACAGUUCAAACAGGGUAAAGUCGGCCCAGAUGGGAAAGAGCUCAUCCCACAUGAAUCGCCAACAGUGAAUGGAUAUGGUUUUGAAACAAUGCCUUCCCCUGCACCUGGUGUAGCUGAGUCUCCUCUGAUGACCUGGGGUGAGAUCGAGAGCACCCCGUUUCGUCUGGACGGAUCAGACACUCCGUAUGUUGAGAGGAAUCAUGGUCCAUCAUUUAAGAUUCCAGAGCCAGGAAGACGAGAGAGGCUGGGAUUAAAGAUGGCCAAUGAAGCUGCAGCCAAAAACCGAGCCAAGAAACAAGAGGCAUUGCGAAAGGUCACAGAGAACCUUGCAAGUCUUACACCUAAAGGCCUGAGCCCAGCCCUCACGCCCGCACUUCAGAGGCUCGUAAAUCGGACAUCUAACAAAUACACAGACAAAGCACUGCGAGCGAGUUACACCCCGUCGCCCUCGCACAGAGUCAUUGGCUGCAAGUCUCCCUUCGGUGGCCCUUCGACUCCCUCAGGAACGCCGACACCAAACAAAGCCAAGACGCCGAGCUCUCAGGACGUUACAUCACUUACAGACAAUCUGCUGCAACUUCCCAAGAGACGGAAAGCAUCAGACUUUUUCUGAGCAAGAGAAGCUGUUCUCUGCUGGAUUUGAACAAAACAGACUUAUUAUAGUGGAAAGAACUCGAUUAUGAAGUCUCCAGGCAGUUUCCUCAAAUUUAAGAGCACAUUUUUUUGGCUGGAUAAAGACAUGUACAGAAGACUUGAGAGUUUUUAUGGUUUUAUUUGUUACGUUUUUGGGCAGAUCCCUGUGAAAUACAGCUUAGUGUCCAAACUCUAUUUAAUUACGUGUUUAUCUUAUUUUUUAUAUUUUGUUUUUAUCUCAUUUCGUUCAUACAUUUUUGUACAGCCACCGAUCCAGCUGUUAACGCUUAAUCUUCCCAGCUUUCAAUGCUGCUGUGACAUUUCAGUGUUUUUCCCUGCAUCAUAGAAAUCAUAGAAAUGAAAUGUUUUGUUACCUUACAAAAGGUUUUGGUAUUAAAUAUGGGGAAGACACACAACGCUCCAGUUAGACAGCUUACUGAUUGUCAGUGUAAAUGAUGAAUGUUUCUUAAAGUUCAUAAUCUGUACGUUUUUCUUUAAAAAAAAAAAACAACCUGUAACAACCUGGACACUUUUGGCUACAGAUUGUCUGCAAGAGAAUAUAAAACCAUGUAUCAACGGAUGA